CGGCCAUUAAACCAACGGUUUCAAGUGCUUCGAGCACGUUCCGCGCGGCGCGUUGCGCCUGUGUGUACGCGAACAGCGGCCUCGACAGCGAACAGGCAGCGCCGCGCAACCAGUGUACUCCUACCGACGUUAGAGGAAGGAACGAAUUUCUAGUGUAUUUCUCUGUGUUCACGCCUUUCUAUCUUUCUAUCGUUCAUCGUACAAUUCUUAUUCGUCGAUUUGUAUCACUCAUUAAUGAAAGUUUGUCAUUGAGGAGAAAUUAUGGAUUGGUCGAAAGAUAUGGGGCUCUCGCUGGUGAACUUAUACAAGAACAAGGAGGUUCUAUGGAACCCGGGGAACUCUGAAUACCAUCAAAAAAAUAGACGACACGAUGCUUGGCAAGAAGUCGCUGAUGAACUCUCCUUGAUUAUUAAAAAACCGGUGUCUUCGUUGGAAUGCAAGAGAAAGAUGGAUACCAUUCUUUCCUCGUUUAGGAGAGAGAGGGUAAAAGUAAGGAAGAUUAGCGAGAUGGCUGAGGGAGAUUCUGACAGACCUUCGGGAUCCACAUGGUUCCUUUAUGAUUCGUUAACUUUUCUUAUCGAAAAAGAUGUUCUCCGUUCCAACAAAUCUUUUGUUAACGUUAAUCGCGACGAACAUUCUCCUCCACCUAUCAAAGUAAACAAAAUGCAAUCAGAGAACGAACGAAUAGAAAAGAUCUCUAAGGCAGUGGAAACACCAAGCGAGGACGAGUGUUACAGCUACGGAAUGUUCGUGGCGAAUAAAUUGAAACGCUAUUCAGCUCGUACUCGAAGCGCAGUUCAGCACGCCAUAAGUGAUAUUCUUUUUAACGCUGACAUGGGUUAUUACAAUCAGUCUAGUUCAGUUUCGACGAACACGCAGACUGAACCUAACGUAGUUCAGUGCAUUUGGUUGCAACAGAACGAAAGCACUCAGCAAGAACACGACUUUAAGAACGAAGUAAUCAGUGAUCUGGAGAACGAGAACGAAAUAUUUAAUUAAAUUCAGCAUCGAAUUGUUAAUAGCGACGAUGAAUUGUACUGUGAUCGUUGUAGCGAUAUAAUUUUACUCGUUGCAAGUUUUAAGCUUCGGUUGAUUAUUUCGUUUUGUUUAUCAAAUGGUUGAUUGAAAUUGCGAGCAAGUUUAUUUUAUACAAAAAUUUUGGAAGUGUAAAUAGAAGUUAAUUUAAAAUAGUUAUUGGCUUUCUAUAGGAAUUGGUUGUAUAUUCUUAACGAACGUAUUGUACGUGUAAUAUAUUAUACAUAUCAUAUUAUAUUUAUGUCUAUUUAUACACAGGGUGUACCAAAUAAAUUGUUACAACUUUUUAGAUUGGAAGAUUUUAGAUUUUUUUGUACAAUUAAAUGGAACAGAGGAUAAUAUUUUAAUAUAAGAUCUAACGAAAUUGAUAUAUUUAAGAACCAUAUGUGAUAUAUUGAGAAAUUAAAUUUUUAUGUAAUUUGUCUACGCAGUUUGAUAACGAAUAUUUAUUUUCAAGUCCGAGAAGUUGAUAGACAGACGUAUCGUGCAUAUUCUUUGUAAUGCAUAAUGUGUAUUAUACCCAUUACACGACAAAAGAAAUACAUUAGCCUCUUUGUUGUUCCCAACA